ACAGACGUUUUUGAAAUAUUUUUGUUUAUCGCCCGGUAGUAUAGAGUUUUAUUUGAUAUAAUUUAAUUGAAAGGUAUUAUUUUUCCAUAAAUAUCGUAAAUAAUUUAGUUGAAUAAAAUUUUCAUUUUACAAAAAUGGCUUCAGUUGGCGAACCUAAAAGGCUGAAACUCAGCAAUGGCGAUGAUAAUGACGAGAAAUCAGCAUCCUUCGGCCAGCUUACUGCCGAAAAAAUUAAAGAGAUGAUGGCAAAUGCCCAGAAGGCCAUUCAAGAAAGAAAGAACCAACUUAACAUGGCCCAGCAGCCUGCUGCCCCUUGCAUUAUUCCACCCCUGCCUGGACAGAUGAUGAUGCCAAAGGGGCCCGCUCCUAACCUUCAACAGUCAUCGUUUGCAGAUAGCGAGAAAUUGAAGAAGGCGAGUGAACUUCAGGCUCGAAUACAGGCCAAGCUGGCUAAUGUUGGAUUAGCGAAUGUUGUUGUUCCUGUGCCUAACUCAGCUGGAACAGGUCCAACCCCAGUCAUUCUCGAUGAGUACGGUCGAACAAUUGACCCUACGACCGGUCAGGCUAUACAACUGCAACACCACACCCCGACCUUGAAAGCCAACAUCAGGGCAAAGAAGAGGGAACAGUUCAAGGCCGUUCAGGAGCGGCCCCAAGAGGAAAUGACUGAUUCCAGUUUCUAUGACCCUAGAUUGGGGCCUAUUCAGAACCCAGUUAGAAACAGAAGAAUGUUCAGAUUUCACGAGCCAGGCAAGUAUGAGAGGAUAGGACAGAGAAUAAGGACAAAGGCACAGCUAGAAAAACUGCAAGGAGAAAUCUUACAAGCGGCCAAAAAAACCGGAAUAGCUACUGCGGCCAAACUAGCAAGUAUUCAGCCAAAGAAAGAAGCUAUUGAUGAUGUCCCAGAUGUCGAAUGGUGGGACAGAGUUAUAUUGAAAAAUGAUUUCUGCUAUCCCAAUCUAGCAGAUGAAACGAAUAAAUCGGUGGUCUUCGAAGGAAUUACCAACUUAGUUGAGCACCCAAUACAGAUGAAGCCACCAGUGGAGAAGAACAAAUCAGUUGAGAUCCCGGUGAUGCUGACGAAGACGGAGAGGAAGAAGUUGAGGAGGCAGAACAGGAACGAGAUACAGAAGGAGAAACAGGAGAAGAUUAGACUCGGCUUGACUGCUCCUCCAGAACCCAGAGUGAAGUUGGCAAACAUGAUGAGAGUGCUUGCCUCAGAUGCAGUCCAGGAUCCUACGAAGGUCGAGGCACAUGUAAAACAACAGAUGGAAAAGAGGCAAAAGGCCCAUCAGGAUAGGAAUGCAGGGCGCAAGCUGACGAAAGAGCAGAGAAGAGAGAAAAUGAUCCGCAAGAUUAAAGAGGAUACGUCAGAUGGCGUUCAUGUUUCUGUUUAUAGGGUCAUGGAUCUGACUAAUCCGUCACAUCGUUUCAAGGUGGAGGCCAAUGCCAGUCAACUUUUCAUGACCGGUAUAGUGGUUCUGCACAAGGAUUGUAAUGUUAUUGUAGUGGAAGGAGGCCCAAAGCAACAAGGUAAGUUUAGGACGUUAGUGAUGAGAAGAAUUAAAUGGAGUAAUGAAAGACAUAAAGAGGCCAAUGAUGAUGACGAUGAGAAUGAUGAUGAAGAUGAAAAGAAGACCAACGACUGUAAACUGGUUUGGGAGGGCACGGUAAAGAGCCGAUCUUUUGGCGAGAUGAAAGUGAAAAACUGCCCAACUGAAUCUUUUGCUAGGGAGACGUUCAAGAAGCACGCGGCUGAACACUACUGGGACCUGGCGUUUAGUUCUACAAUUCUGGAAACCACCUUCGUCCAGCCCACUAUUUAACUAUUAUUUUCAUAGAAAUAUUUGAAUACGUGUGUUUGUGUAGUGUGUGUAGUAUUGUUAUCAAUGAACAAUUUUCAAGUGUUUACUUUAAUCAUAAAAAUUACAAAAUAAACUUCUCUGGAAACGUUUUCAAUAAAA